AUGUCUUCACUAGUGCUACCAAAUCAAGAGCAUAGACCACCUCCGUCCCUAACACAUUUGGAGGUAGAAGACGAGGAGCUUGUUUGGAUGAACGAAGAUAAUACUAUCAUAAGUGGUACAGAUGAUUUAGGCGUUUAUAACGAACUUGAAGCAAGAGAGCUGGACGACACAAAUGAUUUUUUUGCUGCUGCGGAAACUAGUGCUGAAGUAAAUCAGGCUAACGCUCUUCAAUAUAAUGAUAAUCACAACAUGAAAAGUGAAGAUGGUUUAUUAUCAGCACAGCGAAAAGAAAAUCAUAAUGAGGCAGACGAAGAACAGGAGGAUCAGCCUGCCGAUAAUGACUUGAAUCAAGAAAAUUCAACUACAAUACCUUCCGAAUAUGCUGGAGAUUUAAGUAAAGAUGAUAUUGCAGAAAACGGUGCUCCGAUUGCUACUACUACUUCAAUUACAAUUCCUACUAUUAUAGAACCGAUUACUAAUAAUAAUCAUGUUCAAAAUACAGAAAUUGUUACAAUUGAAAAUGGCGAAAUCGAAAAUGGUUCCGUGGAACUAACAACGAGAACAACAGGAGAAAAUAAUAUUACUAAUAAUUCUGCGUAUAACGUUGAUGAUGUUUACGGAAACGAAGAUUUCGAUAUGACUUCAGAAAGCGAAAUGCCCUUACCAGAUACUCAAGAACCCGAUAACGACAAUGACCAAGAUCAAAAUCAAGGUUUUGGUCUCGGUUUUGCACGUUGUAUUCUUGAAUAUGCUGGCACUAAGAACAAAAUCGCUGUUCGUACUCAAGAGAAAUUGAUCGAUUUUAUAAUGACUUUAAAGAACGACUUAGUCCCGCAAGAAGCCCAUUUUCAGGAAGCUGUUAUAACAUUUAGAGACCCAAACGAUACGGGUUUUCAAGUUUCGAUAUCUCAGGAAAAUUAUUAUGCACAACAGCAUUGUCUCCAUGAUAUUCUUAAUCUGCAUUACAAUUUCCAGAUGGCGAAAAAUAUACCUCCAAAUUAUCUUCACAUUCUUCUAACGCUCAGAGACGGUUUCUUUUCGCAACUACAGCGUAUUAAAUAUAGCAUCAUGGAAGUCACGAGAGCAAAUAGCGCAGGUAAUCUUCCAAAUAAUCCUAUUGUUCUCGAUGACAACGGUGACUCCGAUCCUGGAACUCUGCCCGAUGAAAAUGAAAACAACGAAGAAACUCUUGAUAACGGAGAAAUCAAUGAUAGCGAAGAUGAUAAUGUGUAUAAUGAUUCACCAUCGAUAAUCGAAGAUAAUGAAGAUGAGCAAUCACCUCUGAUCGAACCAGUAAAUAACGAAGAUGCGCAAUUACCUUUGACCGAACCAGAAGAGAGUGCAGGUAAUUUCAAUGUACCAUUACCACAUUUAGCUACUACUAAAAAUACUUGGACAAAGAAUGGAUUAUCGAAUAUUUACGACGAUGACGAUGAUCUCGCACCAUACUCGGAUAUUGAUGAAUCUGAACGAGAUCAAGAUCAGGGAGAAACGGAAGUUCCGUUGGAGGAAAUUAAUGAUGCAAAGUAUGAUGAUUCAAAUGUCGCCGCCUCACAUGUAGAAUCUGAUCAAGUAUACGAUGAAAUAUACAACGUUUCAACGCCUCCACUUGAGGAAGAAAUCGAUAAUCACGUGUAUUUCUCAUCAUCCACAGAAGAUGUAGAUGAUCUUCCUGACUUUGAAGAAUAUCCGGUCAAAGCUAGUAUCGGAAAAGAUGCCGAAGACUCGGCCAACAACCUAAUAACCGAAUCCACGACUAUUGAUCUAAAGCGAGGUUGUGAAUUCUUAUUUACUAAUGAAGAUACGGAAGAAAGUGGUGGUAAAAAGUCGCGAAUGAAUUGA